AGUGGUGGGGGGAAAUAGGAUAAAUUCUGCUGUGGAUAUACGGAUUUGGAGUGAGAGUGAGAAAGUGAGAAGUCCCCAGAUCUGACAUCAAACAAACUGCGUCUCGAAAGAUGGAUUGAAGUGAGUCUCGUGAGCAGGAAAUUGUCUCUUGUGCCCCCCACAAGAACCACUGCUGUGCACUCGCGGUGCGUCCUACGCCGUGGACAGCUCCCCCCCCCGAUGAGAGGGAAGACUGCAAAAGGAUGCGAGAUUCGACGACGCGGGGAUAGUUUCAACGGGAUUGUGUGUAUUGUGGCACGGAAACCUGACGAAAGUUAAAACCCACAAAGAGUCUUUUGUGGCCGCUUCUCCAGGUAGACAAGUCUCACGUGCCAGGGAUUCAUUGCCUCCGACACACUUCCACCAGAGUGGCCGCACUUUUUUACUCUUGCCACUUGGAGCACCUUGCGGAUCGAAAACCUGGCGCGUUCUGAGGAGUUCCACACGCAAUGCGAAUCGCCGCACCGAUCCAUGUUAAUUUUAUUCGCUCCAGCAACUAAGUUGUUUUUAUUAUCAGUUUGUCAAAGUCGGUGAUGAUGCUGUUAUGCGGUAGAGAGAUAUGAGCCCCCGUAUGAUAGGUGGCGUGCACAAUUUUCUUUUUCUUUUGUUUUUGUUUGUUUUUUUUGUCCGCUUGACCUAGUCUGUCUGAUCCUGUUUUCGAGUUCGACUUGUCCAGUGCAGCAACUUUAUGAAUCUUUGCCAAGAGCGUUCGUUGCCUGCAAGGAGGAAGAACGAGGGUCGCAUCGAGUGGCGCCCGUGAAGAGGUCAUUCGAGGUGGAAGGCGAACCGCUGGUGCCAUUUGAGCGUGGGCAUCUGUUGUUGUCAGACAUCCAGAGCUCGAGUUGAGUUGAGCUUCGAUCUGGUGGCGGUGUGAAGCUUCCUUUGCAUUGCCCUGCGAAUAUGAGCUGUUUGUGUUUUGAGGACGUAUUCUGUACUGCGCAGCGCGCUAUCACCGAGUGAUAGUUAAGACUCUUUGGGGAAGAUUUUUUCCUUUGGUGAAGUUGUGGUUUGGGCAAUUAGGGAUCGAGAAACCUCAGACUUUCCGUAGUUAUGCUGCGAAGGGUUUAAUUCAUUAAGAGCAUUUUCGUUUCUUGGAAACAGAAAGAAAACAUAUAACCUGUAUAUCCCACGGCUGAAGCCCAGUAGUAAGAGUUUUCGCCUGUAGAUUGACUUAGGUCGCUUUUGCGAUUAUUGAGACGAGUGGGUCAUUACUCGAAAAUAGCGGAACAAUAUGCCUCUGCUGGAGAGGCAACGUUUCUGGACAACUCAGUCGGUUCACUUGAGGAAGGACGAGAGGAAGGAGUCCUGACAUAAAUCAAAGAGAAGUUGGGGAACAGCUUCAAGUAGCUUGACACUCGUAGGAAAUGCUGUUCUUUGGUAUUAGGAAUGGUCCACUUCGCAUUAGUAGACACCUUCAGUGAUGUGGUACAUGUCGAUUUUUUUCUCCUCAGAAGGUAUAUUUGAGGGUAUUGGUGGUCUAUUGUGGUUGGAAGAAGCGGAAGAAGCGUGAAUAUCAGCCAUGGCGUCUCAUUCUGUGUUGGAUAUUCCCAAGACGAUGAAAGCUGUCCAAUACUCCUGCUAUGGUGGCGGUGCGGAAGGUUUAGAGCAUGUGGAGUUGCCAGUUCCCAAACCGGGCAGAGAUGAGGUGCUUGUUAAGGUGGAAGCUUGCAGUAUCAAUCCUAUUGAUUGGAAAGUUCAGAAGGGCGCUAUGAAACCUGUUCUGCCCUACAAGUUCCCACAUGUACCAGGUGCAGACAUUGCUGGGAUGGUCGUCAGUGUGGGUCCUGCAGUGACAACUUUCGUACCUGGUGACAAAGUUGUGAGCUGUCUGGGCAGGGCUGGUGGAGGCCUUGCCGAAUAUGCAAUCGCCCCAAUCAGGGUCACAAUAAAAAGACGGCAUGAAGUUACACCAAUUCAGGGCGCUGCGUUGCUGAUCAGUGGAUUUACUGCUCUUCAAAGUGUUCGUAACUCGGCAGGGAUUGACAUUGAAAGGAGAUCCACUGAAUCUAAAAACAUCCUCAUUAGAGCCGCAUCUGGAGGGGUAGGGACUUUGGCUGUGCAGAUUGCAAAACUGGGAGGCGCUCACGUGACAGUGACUUGCAACCCCAACAACUUCGAAUUGCUCAAAAGCUUGGGAGCAGACGAAACACUGACCUACGAAGCCUUAAAGGGAGCUGCCCCAGAGAGUCCUACCGGAAAGAAGUACGACGUUGUGAUCAACUGUGGUCCGAAUCGACCCUUCCCUCAAUACAAGUUCCUGCUCGCACCCGCUGGCUUCGUGAUCGACUUAAACCCGUCACCGAAAGGCUUCAUGACAACUGCGAUACACGCCUUCUCGCUGUCCAAGCAGAAGUACUUCCCUUUCAUGCACAUCCCCAACUGUGCCGACAUGUAUCUCCUCUUCAACCUUCUGCACCAGAAGAAGAUCAGAGUUGUGAUCGAUUCAACAUAUCCUCUGGCCAAAGCACAGGAAGCUUGGAGCAGAUGCAUGGAGGGAGUUGCCGUUGGGAAGAUUGUGAUAUCUAUCUGUGAACCUUUGCAGAGUCUAGCAGGCCACCACACGGUGGUGACUUCCCCUCCACCGACACCGAAGCAUUAGUGAAGACUCCACCUUUCCUGUCUAUCUUGUCUCUAAGCACUUCUUUGCCUUUUUUGAGUGUUAAAAAAAAAGCUCUUAUGUCAACUGGUUUUACUACCACUUUGAAACAGUACAGGUUUUUUUUUUUUUUUUUUUUUUUUUUUGGUCCUUUCCUUCCAAAUUCGGAUUCAACGAAUAGUUUAGAUCAGAACUUUCUUUCUUCUUUCUUUUGAUGUAAAUAUUCUCUAGUUGAAGAUAUAUAUAUAUAUAUAUAUAUAUAUAUAUAUAUAUCAAAAUUUAUUUAUAUGUAUAUAUAAAAAUUAUUGCUAGGGUAUACAUAAAUAUGAACAGGGAUGUGCUAGUUUUAGUUUUUUAAUCUGGAUAACGAUAUGCUGUAAUCUGGGCUAAGGUACCACUUUUCUCUCAAUACCUUGUUUGCUUUUUCAAUUAU